GGUUCUCCACAUGCACGAAUCGUUUGUGAAGUAGGCAACGGUCAAUCCACUAAAGAAUGGAAUGACAAGUGCCAACUAUGGAUGAAUCAAAUUUACAUACGAUACGUACUUGGAAUUAAAUUACACAAAAAAAGAAAUAGAAAAAAUGAUCUUGGGCAAUAUCAUAGAUCUAUGACGGCUAGAUUGUGGCAACAGGGAGCAGGGUGCCAGGAGUGGCAGUUUGGAACCCUUAUUCAAAAAAAACAAACUCCUACUACCUGUAAUGCACCCAACCUCCCUCAAUAUCAAGUCAUUAUCCCAAUUGCACAAGUCUUUUGGGAUCCA